AUGGCUGAAGUUGCCUAUGGUAUCGCAGGGAAGGUCCUGGAGCAGCUUGGAUCCCGUACUUUUCAAGAGAUCAGCUCAGCAUGGGGUGUCCGAAGUGAUCUGAAAAAGCUUGAGCACACAGUCUCAGCCAUUAAAGCUGUACUAUGUGAUGCUGAGGAGAGGCAAGCAAGUGACCAAAGUCUAAGGACUUGGUUAGGGGAGCUCAAAGAUGUCCUUCAUGAUGCGGAGAAUGUGCUGGAUGAAUUUCACUACCGAGUUCUGCAAAAGGAAGCAAUGAAGAGAUACGGGAGCACAAAAAAAAAGGUGUGUUAUUUCUUUUCUGGUUCUAAUCCACUUGUAUUCCACGUUGAAAUGGCACAUAAAAUCAAGAAUGUUAGGGAGAGGGUAGAUGCUAUUUCAGGUAAUAAGGAUAAAUUCAAUCUUGCCCCAGGACAUGAACCUAGGAAUAUAAAAAUUCACAAGAGGGACAUGACCCACUCCUUUGUAGAUCCUUCUAAUGUCAUCGGUAGGGAUGAUGAUAGAAAAGAGAUCAUACGUCUUUUGAUGAACCCAGAUGAUAGAAGAAAUGUCAAUGUAAUUCCUAUAGUUGGGCUUGGAGGUUUGGGGAAGACCGCACUUGCGAAGUUGGUGUAUAAUGAUAAAUUGUUAGUUAGUCAUUUUCAAUUGAGAAUGUGGGUGUGUGCAUCUGAGGAUUUUAAUGUUACUAGUUUGAUAAAAGAAAUCCUAAAGUCUGCAAUUGUUAAGAUUGAUGAGAAUUUCGGUGUGGAUGGGUUUCAAAAUAACUCAAGAGAACUUUUGAGAGAUAAGAAAUUUAUAGAUAAUUUGGGUGUGGAUGAGUUGCAAUUUAGAUUAAGAAAACUUUUAAAAGAUAAAAAAUUUCUACUUGUCUUGGAUGACGUUUGGAAUGAGGAUCGUAAUAAAUGGAUGGAAUUGGAAGAUUUGUUACUUGGUGGUUGCAAUGGAAGUAAAAUCAUGGUGACAACACGAAAUAGCUCGGUUGCUACAAUUAUGGGUACUGUUCCCACAUACCAUUUAGAUGGUCUAUCUCAUGAGGAUUGUAUGUCUUUAUUUAAGAAAUUGGCAUUUAAGGAGCUCUUAGAAAUUGGAAAUGACAUUGUUAAAAAAUGUAAAGGCGUUCCAUUGGCAGUGAGGACUUUAGCUAGCCUACUUUAUUUAAAAGUUGAUGAACGGGAGUGGAAAUCUGUGAGAGAUAAUGAGAUAUGGCAUUUAAAACAGAAUGAGGGAGACAUCUUACCCGUAUUAAGGCUCAGUUACAAUCAAUUGCCCUUUCACUUGAAGCAAUGCUUUGCCUAUUGCUCUCUUUUCCCAAAGGAUUAUGAAUUCAAAACUUCUCUUUUGGUUCAAUUUUGGAUGGCACAUGGACUUCUUCAAUCACCUGACAAUGAAAAACAACAGUUGGAAGAUAUUGGUGAGUUGAAUAUCAAGGAGUUAAUGUCAAGAUCUUUAUUUCAAGAUGUAUAUAAAGAUGCUAUGUGUGAUUAUAACUUUAAAAUGCACGAUCUUGUCCAUGAUCUUGCAAUCUCAAUUGCCAAAGGUGAGUGUUCUGUAGUGACCAAGACGUCCACCCCUGUUGCAGAAGUUUGUCAUCUAUCAAUUUUGGAGAGUGGGCAAGAAGUUACAACACAAUUAGAGAGGUUGAGCAAAGUUCAAACUGUUAUUUUCAAAACAGAGCAACCCAUGUCCAUACUUAAAGCUUGUACCUCAAGAUUUAAGUACUUGCGGGUGCUUGAUUUGAGCAAUUCAUCCUUUGAGAUGUUGCCAAAUUCUAUUGGAAGUUUGAAACAUUUGAGAUAUCUCGACCUAACAAGAAAUGGCAAAAUCAAGCAACUUCCAAAUUCCAUUUGCAAGCUACACAGUUUGCAAACUUUACGGCUUGGUGGUUGCAACAAUCUUGAACGGUUGCCCAAAGGUGUAAGGGACAUAAUCAGCCUCAGGUUUUUGGUUAUUACAACAAAGCAUACCUGCUUGUCGGAGAAGACAGUGGGUUGCUUGGAUUCUCUUCGAUUUUUGUUGAUACGUGAUUGUGAGAAUCUAAAAUGUCUAUUUGAAGAGAUGGAGGGGCGCCUCACCUAUCUUCGAACAUUGGUUGUUCUAAAAUGUCCAAGUUUGAUUUCUUUAUCACUCAGUAUCAAACACCUAACUGCCCUAGAGACCCUGGGAAUUAGGGAUUGUAAAGAGCUUAGUUUGAUGGAGAUGGAGGGAGAAGACAAUCAAGAUCUCAAGUUCAGCCUCCAAAAUUUGAUAAUUGGAGGUUUACCUAAGUUAGAGGUUUUGCCCCAAUGGCUCCAAAGAUCCGCAAACACUUUACAGCUGCUAUGGAUUGGAGAAUGUGAAAAUUUCACGGCUUUGCCAGAGUGGCUGCCAUGUCUGGAAUCACUUCACACACUUACGAUUGGCAAAUGCCCUAAGUUGUCAUCUCUCCCGGAGGGGAUGGAAGCUCUCACUGCACUAAGACAAUUGGUGAUUGAAGGUUGUCCUAAUUUGAGUAGAAAAUGCAGAGAAGAAGAUUCGCACAAGAUUGCUCAUGUACCAAAGAUUGCACUCGACAAGGAAAUUUGA